AUGUCCGACCUAAAAACGGAUGCUCUGGAGGACUACAAUCCUUUUGGGGACCCUUUAUCGUCGACUCGUCAACCUGCAGUGCUGCCGCCUUCUGACAGUAGCUUGCCUCCUCCCUACUCCAAUGAUGUUGGCCUUAAGGAUGGGACAUUGCAAGACUCAGGUAGCACUCUUCUGCCUUCCACACAGCCACCAUUGACGGUUGCAGACCUACAGCGCAGACAGGCCGAACUGGAUCAGCGCGCUGCUCAAUUGGAUCUUCGAGAGAAGCAGGCUCAGCAACAGGAGGCGUGGCGCAUGGAACAUGGAUAUGGAACCGCUGAUAUUCCUAACUGGCCCCCGUUGCCAAGGUGGUGCUGCUUCAAGCCGUGCCUUCGAGUUGACUUCAAUUCGGAUAUUCCUUCUCACUGUCGUUGGUUGGCCAUGUACGGGCACUACUUCUGGCUGGCAUACUCCUGCCUUCUUUUGCUUAAUGUCUUCGGCACCCUAGGCUAUCUCAUUGUCUCUAAAACACUGGAGGAAUCAGGUGCUCUCUUUGGUGUAUCCAUUGUAGUCUUCCUGAUUCUUACUCCCGCUGGCUGCUUCUGCUGGAAUCGACCGCUCUAUAAGGCUCUCAGAAAAAAUAGUUCAAUGCAAUUCUGCCUCUUUUUUCCCUUCUUCGGGGCGCAGAUUUUGAUAAUUUUCAUUCAAAUGCUGGGAAUUGACUAUCUAGGUGCUUGCGGUUGGAUAAACUCUUUGAAGGUCUUCGCAUCGACACCUAGUGUGGGAACCUUUAUGCUCAUUUUGGCAGCUCUCUUCAGCCUCGCUGGCGUGGCUGCCGUCUACCUUAUCUUUCGGGUGCAUGCAUUCUACCGCGGAUCCGGAGCUAGCAUGCAGCAUGCCAAACAGGAGUUGGUACAGGACAUGUCCACUAGUGGUUUUGCCGCCAUCUCAUAG